AUGUUAAGAAAGGCUCCUAAUAAGCAUUCAGAAAGUAAUGAAGAAAGUAAAAAGACUUCUGUUUCCAGCAAGGGUUCAGAGGAGUUCUUUAGAUCUCCUUCAGUGGUUGGACAAGAAAUAAAGAAGGAAGAGGAGGAGGAAGAAGAAGAGGAAGAUCCACGUAAUAUAUGGCUAAGACUAUUUUUACCAGAUUGGUCUCCUUUGGGCGGAUUUUUUGUAAUAAUUGUUGCAGUUGGAGUUUCGAUUACAUAUUUGAAGAAGAUUGGUGAUGAAAAUCCAUUUACCUAUCCCCUUUUUAUCCUUUUUUUGGAUUUGUUUACUUACAUUGUGAUAAUGUGCUCAAGGCAUAUUAUUGCUUUAUAUACUCUGUCUAGAUUUGGAGAAGGAAGAUUUUUUGCAGCAUUAUCUGGAUCUCUAGAUCCAGAGCUAGUAUAUUGUAUUUGGUCGACAUUAUGUUUAGUAUUAACAAUGGGAGAAGUGAAUACAAUAAUAGAUACUUCAUUAGGUAUUGAACCGGUCCAUACAUAUACUUUAAAAUGGUUUGACAAUGUAUUGCCUUCUCUAAAGAUUCCAAAGGUACCUUGGGAUUUAAUUCAAUGUUCUCAUAUUGCAAUUUUGAUUAUGACAGUAAGAAGACUUUUACUUGCAAUUGUAACAUUUUACUUUAGGUUAGAUUUUAUUAUGAGCAUAAAUCCGCAAGUCUCACAAUUCCUAAGGCAAUACUCACUUUUGAGAAGGAUAGAUACAAAGCUUUACUUAAUUAAACCUUACAUUCAGAAAAAAGAUUUUCUUUUAUAUUCAACUGGGAUGGAAUUACCUAACAAAUCCAACUUUCCCCAAAUUUAUGAUCCAAAAUCACCAAAUAGAGUCACUACAAAUAAUAUACCUAAUGUUCCAGCCAUGCUUUUGGAUAAUAACAUUGACCAUACAGCAAAAAGCUCAUCUGAAAAUUGGCUGGCUCUUCAGUUUAUUAAACAAUACAAUGUUUCCAUUUAUAUUGAUGAUGAUAAAUAUGAAAUUAGAACUAAACAACAAGCAAGAGAUUUUGCAAAGAUUAUCUUCUACGACAUCCUACAACAUUUACAUGCUAUUAUGCUUUACCAUUAUAUUGGAGGAACUGACCAUGUUAAGCCUCAUAAAGAACCCCAAUUAAGAUCAGAUACUUAUUCAAUUAUAGGAGAUGAUACAUUUUGUCAUGCAUUAAUAGAUUUCGAAGAGAGACAUGAUGUUAAAGGUACUGAUUUCAAAAAUGAAGAUUAUUCAAGUAAUAAAGGUGCUUUUGGGGCUUUUGGAAGUAGGAGGGGCUCAAAGUAUAAGAACUAUAACAUUCAACCAAAGAAUGUGGAGGAGCAACAUAAUUAUGACAACCAUUCCAGUGUUAAUAAUAACUUUAGCAAUGAAAGAUCGCAGACUCAAGGUGAUAACAAGAACAGAAACCAGUCUUUACCUACUACUCUUCCGAAUUCAGUACUUGAUAUUUUAUACGACAAACCUCUGGGAGAUUUAAUUAAACAAAUAGAUACAGCAAGGCGUGGACAAAUUACUGAAGAAGAAUGGGUUAGAUUUUGCGUUGGAAUUUAUGAUAGUAGAAAGAAGAUCUUGCGUGCUGCAUCUAGUCAGGAAGGUAUUGUUCAAGUAUUCAGGAGAAUGAUUUCAAUUUUUUCAUGGUUUUUCACGGGAAUCGUUAUUCUUCUUAUGGUUGGAAUUAAUGUCAAUACAUUGGUUAUUUCCGGAGCUGCUAUUAUAUCAUCCCUUUCCGUUGGUCUUUCUUAUAUUUACUCAAAUUUUUUCUCUGCAGUAAUUUUUGUAAUAUUUCUUAAUCCAUAUAAUGUUGGCGACAGGAUUAGAGUAAAUAACGGAGGUGCAAUGAUAGUAAAAAAAAUUGAAACAUUUUAUACGGAGUUUCAUACUGUAUUUGAGGCACCAGUACUUAUUCCACACUCCUGGUUAUCUUCGCAAAUGAUAUAUAAUGAGAGCAGAAGCAAAUGUUGUUCUUCUGAAAUCCAGUUUUUAAUUUCGGAUACUACAUCUCCAUUUUCUAUAGAAGCUCUAGCCUCAGCAGUACAGGAAUAUAUAUCCGUUAGACCUUCGGAAUUUGUUGCAUCCAAUUUUUGGUGUGGUAUCAAUGCAAUACAGCCCGGGCAUUCGGCUACCGUUUAUAUGUGGAUUACUAAUACCGAUCCGUUUCAUAACAGAAGAAAGCUUUUAAUAAGCAAAAGCAAACUUCUACUCUUUAUUCUUCAUACUUUGAGACAAUUAGGGAUUCAAUAUACUCUACCAGUUAGUAGGGUCAGAAUUGAAAAUGACUUCAAUAAUCACCUUUCUAAUAGCAACUAG